AGGUGGGCCGGAUGAUGGCCCAAAUAAGAAGCCCGUAAACCGGGACGAAUACGGGUUGGCCCGGAUUCAGAUCCCGACGUGUGCGCUUCGCUGUUGUAAUAAUAUCAUCACCAGGGAUCGGGACUCAAUCCUUGUCCUUGUACGCGUACAUCUACGGAGAGAGAUCUGAGAGAAGCAGCGAAGAUCAGAUUCCGUCUUCAACCUAAGAUCCAGAAUCGGUCGAAAUGUCUUCAUUCAGUGGCGAUGAGACCGCACCUUUCUUUGGUUUCCUCGGCGCUGCGGCAGCGCUCGUCUUCUCCUGCAUGGGAGCUGCAUAUGGAACAGCCAAGAGUGGCGUCGGUGUGGCAUCUAUGGGUGUGAUGAGGCCAGAGUUGGUGAUGAAGUCUAUUGUCCCAGUUGUUAUGGCUGGUGUGUUGGGUAUCUAUGGUUUGAUUAUUGCUGUUAUCAUCAGUACCGGAAUCAACCCCAAGGCUAAAUCUUACUACCUCUUUGACGGAUAUGCCCAUCUCUCCUCUGGUCUCGCUUGUGGGCUUGCUGGUCUUUCUGCUGGAAUGGCCAUUGGUAUUGUUGGUGAUGCUGGUGUCAGGGCCAAUGCUCAACAGCCAAAGCUUUUCGUUGGUAUGAUUCUUAUCCUCAUUUUCGCUGAAGCCCUGGCUCUGUAUGGUCUCAUCGUGGGGAUCAUUUUGUCCUCCCGAGCUGGUCAGUCGAGAGCCGAAUGAGAAGAGAAUGCGGAUCCUGGUUCCGCGUGAUUCUUUCUUUGCUUUUUCGCUGGUCGAGCCGGGAUCUUCUUAUAUUAUUUCUCAGGUUAGUAGAGACGAGAGUGGUUUUGCUCCUCGUAGCAUGUUUCUUAAGAACGUGUCUGCGCGAAACAAAAACCACACAUGAUCGAAAUGUUGUUCGUUUUCAUUUCAUCCUUCUGUUAUGUUUGUAAUAUUGACCGUGCCGGAUUCUUGUGCUCCCAGUAAGAUGUAACUGUGAGAGACACCCUAUUUAUCCUUUUUUUUUUAUCAGUCCAAUAAAUCACAGAAAACUCGAUUUGAUCUUUGUUUAUUA